AUGACAUUUAACGAACACAAUGCAGAGGACAGCUGCCUAAAAAACCAGCACGAAAAGCAGGCCAUACCCAUAACUAACCCCAGUGUCCCCCGUGGCGAUGCCGUCCCGGCCCCGGACGAUGCGGGCCUCGAGACCGGACGUGUAGCGCACCCCAGCGAGGCCAGCACCGACGACAGUGAACCGAGCCUCGAAUUCCCGGAGGGCGGACUCCAAGCCUGGCUUGUAGUCUUUGGAUCCUUUUGCGGAAUGUUUUCGAUCUACGGCCUCAUCAACACCUCUGCUGUUUUUGAGUCGUACUUUUCCGAGAACCAGCUUCGUGAUUACUCGUCUUCGCAGAUUGGCUGGAUCUUCAGUCUUUAUCUCUUCCUCGUCUUUCUUGUCGGUAUCCAAGUCGGACCUGUUUUUGACAAAUACGGUCCUCGACUUAUUGUUGCCUCUGGAGGCAUACUCAUCGCCGCAAGUUUAUUUAUCCUCAGCGUUUGCGAGGAAUUCUACCAGAUCCUUCUUUCAUACUCGGUUGUGGGUGGCCUUGGAGGCGCCCUUCUCAAUUCACCGUGCUAUGCGUCUAUUGGCCAUUGGUUCGACAAGAAACGAGGCUUUGCGACUGGAGUUGCAAUGACUGCGGGAUCAAUUGGCGGUAUCAUCUUUCCCAUCUUUCUACAGAAACUUCUCCCCAGCGUUGGCUUUGCAUGGACGACCCGUAUCCUGGGCUUCAUCAUCCUCGGACUCACCGUUCCCGCCACGCUCUUUAUGCGCUCGCGUCUCCCGCGAUCAAACAAGGUGUCAUCGGUCUGGCCAGACUUCAGUAUCUUCAAAGACCUGAAAUUUACAUUCUCUGCAUGCGGGAUCUUCUUUAUGGAAUGGGGACUCUUCGUGCCAUUGACGUACAUCGUGUCUUAUGCCGGACGACACUCUGGCGACGCCAACAGCUCUUACACCCUGAUUUCGAUCCUCAAUGCGGGUUCAUUGCUUGGUCGUUUUCUCCCCGGUCUCUUAGCCGACAAGAUCGGGCGGUUUAAUGUCAUUCUACUGACGCUUGGUCUCUGCAUCAUAUCCGCAUUUGCGCUGUGGUUGCCGGCUGGAGACUCCAAGGCUAUGAUCAUCGCAUUCGCUGUUGUGUUUGGUUUUGCAAGUGGUAGUAACCUUGGACUCACACCAGUUUGCGUAGGUCAGCUCUGCGAUCCUCGCGACUAUGGACGAUUCAUCUCGACGGCUUUUAUGGUAGCGAGCUUUGGAACCCUCAGCAGCUUGCCCAUUGCUGGCGCCAUUCUCGAGGCUGGCAACAAGGGUGACACUGGCUGGACUGCUCUCAUUGUGUUUGAUGGGCUGUCGUACGUGCUGGCACUCGCCUGUUUCCUUGCUGCCAGGGUGAUGGCUGUCGGCUGGGAUGUCAAGAGUGUCUACUAAGACGACUCGAUUGGAAAUGUCGCUCUUCCUUGGAGAUGCACGCGAUGAACUGAAAUGUCAUGCGAUGCAUUGUCCUCAAUUGGACGAGUAUGAGCGACAGGAAAUGGAUGGUCCGGUGAUGUAUUAUACCAGCCGAUAAUCUUUGCCGGGACCGAGGUAUCAACUGAUUUUGUUCAAGAUGCCUCCUCGGAGUUGUAUU